AUGUCGAGCAUUGACGUUGUAUUAACUGUUGGUAAAUUGGAUGCCUCAUUGGCAUUAUUAACCACUCAAGAUCAUCAUGUAAUUGAAUUCCCUACAAUGUUACUUCCCGAGAACGUCAAAGCAGGGUCCAUUAUUAAAAUGGGCGUAAGUCAGGACUCCGACGAGGAAUUGAAGCAAAGAGACGAAUUUCAAUCAUUGCAAGAUCAAAUCCUCGAAAAAUAUGGGUUGGAAAAACCAAUUGCCCCCGUUUUGAAAGUGGUCAACGUGACUCAAACAAGUUGUGUGUUAGCCUGGGAUAAAUUAUCUCUUGGUUCAGCUAAAUUGAAAGCUUUGACUCUUUAUAGACAUGAAGAACGUUCUAUGGUGGUCCCCAAUGCGUUUAAAAUUACACAAACUAAGAUUUCUGGGUUAUCUGUGGAUACAGACUACGAAUUUCAAUUGAAAUUAUCCACCACAUCAGGUCAAUUUUGGUCUAAUAAGAUUAAGAUACAUACCCAUAAGAUGACUGAUAUGUCAGGUAUUACAGUUUGUUUGGGCCCCUUGGAUCCAUUACAACAUAUCACCAAGGAACAAAUUUCUGAAUGUUUGAAAGAAAUUCAUGCAAGAGAUUUACAAACUAAAGUCGGAAUUGAUACCACUCAUUUCGUAUGUAAUGAACUUGAUGAUAAUGGUGAAGAAGAUGAAGAAUUGCAAAAGGCUAAAAACAAUAAUAUUCCAAUUGUUAAACCAGAAUGGAUAAGAGCAUGUUGUGUGGAAAAGAGAAUUGUUGGUGUAAGAGCCUUUUACGUCGGCGCUGAGUCCACUGUAUCAGAUGAUUAUAAAUUUCCACCUUUGAAGAACCUUCCUCAUCCUACUCAAGAACAAGAAUCACCAGUUGAACCUGUACAUGAAGAAGUGGGUUCUGUUCCACAAGAAACAGGUACCAAUGAAUAUGAAAGUGUUCCUGCAGAUAAUGAAGAUACCCCUCAACCUAGUGCAAUGAAUGAAUUAAAUAAUGAUUCGGAAAGUACAUUUGGUAAAAGUGUCGAACCUGAGGUUCAAGAAUCUAAUAUUGUUGAAGAACAACCCCCUGCUCUAGGAGAAGAACCAGAAGUACAGGAACCCACUACAACGGAAACUCAAGAACCUGCUCUAGAGAAGGAACCAGAAGUACAGGGAACACAAGCAGAGGACGUUUUACCAAAGGAAGAAGAGUUAGCAACUGAACCUACAAAGCUUGAGGGAACUAGCGAGACACAACACAUACCAGAAUCUUCUGUAGAACAAAAUGAAGAAGAACCUCAAAUUGUCACUGAGAAUUUGGAAGAAGAUAAUACAGAAGAUGUUGAAAUAAUACAACCCCGCAUAGAUAUUUCAAAAGAGGAAACACUGGGAUCACAAGAUGAAUUAAACACCAAGAGUGAUGAUCAACCUAAUGAAAAUACUGAGCAGAUUGAGGAUGCAUCUCAACCACAUGAAUUGGAUUCAACUACUACAGACAAGGACACGGUAACGGAAUCGCUCAGUGAAGAAGUAAAGGAAAAAGUUGAAGAUCAAGGAGAACCUGAACAACAACCAUCCAUCGAAGAAGAGGGAGACAAUGAGGAAGAUGCUGAAGAGGAAGAAGAAGAGAGUGAGUCUACACCAACACCAUCCAAGAAGAAGACCACCAACAAGAAGAAGAAUAAUAAGAAGAAGGGCAAAAAGGGCAAGAAGAAAUGA